AUGGACAAAUGGAUAUGGGCUAAUGGACAUGGGCUCGCCCAGUUUACAGCUCUAUAUGAACGGGCCCGUGGAAUAGCUUUGACGAAAGAGAGAUUCCAGUUUAUUUUCGAACUGGAAUCGGAUAUACAAACUGUAUUGAAACAAGGGUUUUGGACCUUUGAUGAUUGGGGAAUGGCGAUGGAGAGAUGGGUAGAACAGCCUCCGAGUAACUUCCUACAAACGACGGCUGUGUGGAUCAGAAUUUCCAAUAUCCCGGUCAACUACCUCACCUUUAAAACCAUUGGUGCGGUAGCAGGAGCCAUUGGUUACAUGAAAGUGAUUGAAUGGGAUCCUGAGAAACCCUUACUACAGGACUACGUGAGAGCACAAGUUAUUAUGGAUCUUAGCCUGUUAGUCCGAGAGAAGAAGAGCAUAACAUUACCAAAAGGAUGUGGUACAGCAGUGGUAGAUGUAGAUUACGAGAGAAUCAGGAAGAAAUGCUUUCACUGCUUCUUCAGAUUAUCACAUGAGAAACAUGCUUGUCCUCUCUUAAAAGGCAAUCCUCCUGGAAGCGUCAAAGGAAAGGAAAAACAUUAUGUCGUCAACUUGCAAAGGCUUUCGCAACGUCAACACAACUCCACUCUAUCUCAGGACAUAAUGCCGUUGUUUGUUCCUUCAAUACCCCCGGGUUUUGCACCGCCUGCUGGUUUGAUAGCUCCAGAAGUGUUUGAGCAGAUACAGUUAUACAUGAACUGUAUUGAUCCUGAAGAGAGGAGAAUCAGAGAGUUCAGAAUGAAAAAGGCGCUCGAUGACUUAUCAAAAGACUCGAUUGCUCAAAGAGCGGGCUUAAGAAUAUAA